AUGGCAGGUAAGGAUAAAAAACAAAAAAAACAAAAAAAAGUUACAAUACAAACUUUUUAAAAAGGGCCUCACUUACAUAUCCAAGACAGCUGCAAAGUGAGCACAGCCAACCAAUUAUGACACAAACUAUAGAACCUCAUAACAUGGAGUCAAAAUUAACAAACCUGUGAAAACAAAAAGUUAAACUGGGGCACAUGCUUACUGUUAGUCUGACUGGCCAAAACUGCGACAAGAGUACAGUAGUUAGCACACUGUCUCUUCACCACAACGUAAAAUGAGAUAUUGCUGUGUUAGAUAAUCAUAUAAUUUCCUAAUUCAACUAAUAAUCAGCGAACACAACAAGGAAACAUAAAAUGUACAGCCAGUAGCCUAGUGCAGUUAGCUAGCUAGUGGUCACUUGCGAUGACAGAUGCAGCAGUAGCCAUAUGACUCUGGCUACCAAGCCAGCAUUAAAAGUUUCCCGCCGCAGAGAGUUCAUGAUGUUGACAAGUUAAUGACAAUUUCAAGUUCUACAAUAAAUCAAAAUAGUUUCUGUCAAAUUCAUCGGAGUACAAUCAUCAUUUUCCUAAUCCUAAUCCGUGUGGCGCUAGAUUGGAAGGAAAUUGAUGACAGCGGUGCGUGAUGGGGGUUCUAAUGAACCCUCUGGAGUAACCGUAUUUCAGCAAAUCACCUCAGACAAACAAGUAACUGUUUUUUUGACAAAAUGUUUAAAAAAGGUAUAAUCUUCGUAAUUGAUAUCAUCGGUAGGACUGGUGGAGUUAUGUCGCACAUGCAGCUAACAAAAACAUAUGGAAAUGUCUACUCUACCCAAAAUUACAACCAAAUAAUUGCAGCCUUACCGCAAAAAUGGAAGAGGAAAGUGGAAGGGGGAAAAAGUAAGGAACUUGUCUGUCGGCCUUACAUUAAAGAACAUAAUUGGUUAAAGAAAACUGAUCAAUAAAAAAGUAUAUCAGUUUCAUUUGAGGACCAAAGGAUUGACAGCCUUCCCAUAUAGAUUGCAAAAUAGUUGGGAAGAGAUUUUUGACGUACCGAUCCCAUGGCAUAGUGUUUAUGAACUGAUACGACACCGGAUUCAAAACUUAGAAUCUUUCAAUUUAAAUUAUUAUAUAAAAUUCUUGCUACCAAUAUAAUGUUAUGUAUAUGGGGGAUACACUCUUCCCAGCUCUGCAGAUUUUGCUGCGAAGAGACAUAAUCAUUAGAUCAUUUGUUUUGGUACUGUCUAUUUGUAGCUUGUUUUUGGACACAGGUCCAGGAAUGGCUAAAGGAUUGCAAUAUUUACCUGGAGCUAACCUUGCAGAUAGCAUUACUGGGUGAUCUGAAAAGUCAUAGUCAAUCAAUCAAUAAUAUAAUAAUACUUUUAGCAAAAAAAAAUAUUUUCAAUUCACAAUCUGUAGAAACAAUGAGAAUAGAAGGGUUCAUAACUUUUGUAAGACAUCACAGUACAGUUGAAAUAUAUAUGGCAAAUAGAAAUCCUUUAUGGAUGGUGUUAAGAGAUAGAUGGGAGGUGUUGAAUGGAAUUGAAGAAUGGGACUAAUAACAACUAACAACAAAUAAUAACAAGAUAACUAAUAAUGUAAGCAUACUGUGUCCAUAAUAAGUAUAUAGGUUGUAGGUUGGGAGCUUUUGUGAAAGAGCACAGUUAGAAAGAUAUGGCAUAUACAGUGGGGGAAAAAAGUAUUUAGUCAGCCACCAAUUGUGCAAGUUCUCCCACUUAAAAAGAUGAGAGAGGCCUGUAAUAUUCAUCAUAGGUACACGUCAACUAUGACAGACAAAAUGAGAAAAAAAAAUCCAGAAAAUCACAUUGUAGGAUUUUUAAUGAAUUUAUUUGCAAAUUAUGGUGGAAAAUAAGUAUUUGGUCAAUAACAAAAGUUUCUCAAUACUUUGUUAUAUACCCUUUGUUGGCAAUGACACAGGUCAAACGUUUUCUGUAAGUCUUCACAAGGUUUUCACACACUGUUGCUAGUAUUUUGGCCCAUUCCUCCAUGCAGAUCUCCUCUAGAGCAGUGAUGUUUUGGGGCUGUCGCUGGGCAACACGGACUUUCAACUCCCUCCAAAGAUUUUCUAUGGGGUUGAGAUCUGGAGACUGGCUAGGCCACUCCAGGACCUUGAAAUGCUUCUUACGAAGCCACUCCUUCGUUGCCCGGGCGGUGUGUUUGGGAUCAUUGUCAUGCUGAAAGACCCAGCCACGUUUCAUCUUCAAUGCCCUUGCUGAUGGAAGGAGGUUUUCACUCAAAAUCUCAUGAUACAUGGCCCCAUUCAUUCUUUCCUUUACACGGAUCAGUCGUCCUGGUCCCUUUGCAGAAAAACAGCCCCAAAGCAUGACGUUUCCACCCCAAUGCUUCACAGUAGGUAUGGUGUUCUUUGGAUGCAACUCAGCAUUCUUUGUCCUCCAAACACGAGGAGUUGAGUUUUUACCAAAAAGUUAUAUUUUGGUUUCAUCUGACCAUAUGACAUUCUCCCAAUCCUCUUCUGGAUCAUCCAAAUGCACUCUAGCAAACUUCAGACGGGCCUGGACAUGUACUGGCUUAAGCAGGGGGACACGUCUGGCACUGCAGGAUUUGAGUCCCUGGCGGCGUAGUGUGUUACUGAUGGUAGGCUUUGUUACUUUGGUCCCAGCUCUCUGCAGGUCAUUCACUAGGUCCCCCCGUGUGGUUCUGGGAUUUUUGCUCACCGAUCUUGUGAUCAUUUUGACCCCACGGGGUGAGAUCUUGCGUGGAGCCCCAGAUCGAGGGAGAUUAUCAGUGGUCUUGUAUGUCUUCCAUUUCCUAAUAAUUGCUCCCACAGUUGAUUUCUUCAAACCAAGCUGCUUACCUAUUGCAGAUUCAGUCUUCCCAGCCUGGUGCAGGUCUACAAUUUUGUUUCUGGUGUCCUUUGACAGCUCUUUGGUCUUGGCCAUAGUGGAGUUUGGAGUGUGACUGUUUGAGGUUGUGGACAGGUGUCUUUUAUACUGAUAACAAGUUCAAACAGGUGCCAUUAAUACAGGUAAAGAGUGGAGGACAGAGGAGCCUCUUAAAGAAGAAGUUACAGGUCUGUGAGAGCCAUAAAUCUUGCUUGUUUGUAGGUGACCAAAUACUUAUUUUCCACCAUAAUUUGCAAAUAAAUUCAUUAAAAAUCCUACAAUGUGAUUUUCUAGAUGUUUUUUUCUCAAUUUGUCUGUCAUAGUUGACGUGUACCUAUGAUGAAAAUUACAGGCCUCUCAUCUUUUUAAGUGGGAGAACUUGCACAAUUGGUGGCUGACUAAAUACUUUUUUUCCCCACUGUAGAAGCAAACCGGAUGGACAUCAUGAAAAUGAUCGGAGAGGUUGAGAGUAGAAGUAGUUCAGGAGAAAAAACAAACAAAAUAUAAUUAUUGUAAAAUUGACUGUGUCCAUAAAAUGUAUAUAGUAACUAUAAGCUGGAAGUAGAGGCCUAAGCAUUGUUGUUCUCUAGUUUACUUCAAGUAGGGAAAGGGUGGCGGGGUUGGAAAGUAAUAAAGGGGAAUAUAUAUUAAAUAGAUUUAAGAAAAUAUUUACUAAAUAAAAUAAAGUAAAAAAUAAAAUAUAAAGUAACACAAUAAAAUAACGAGACUUUAUACAGGGGGUACCGGUACCGAGUCAAUGUGCGGGGGUACAGGUUAGUCGAGGUAAUUUGUACAUGUAGGUAGGGGUAAAGUGACUAUGCAUAGAUAAUAAACAGCGAGUAGCAGCAGUGUAAAAACAAAGGGGGGGGGGGGGGGGGGGGGGGGUCAAUGUAAAUAGUCCAGGUGGCCAUUUCAUUAAUUGUUCAGCCAUAGGCAGUGGUGUAAAGUACUUAAGUAAAAAUACUUUAACAUCUUAAGGAUCUGACCCUUCUUUUCAAUUUUUGCCUAAAAUGACAUACCCAAAUCUAACUGCCUGUAGCAAGGAUAUGCAUAUUCUUGAUACCAUUUGAAAGGAAACACUUUGCAGUUUGUGGAAAUGUAAAUAAAAUGUAAUGUAAAUGAAAUGUGAAAUUAAUGUAGGAGAAUAACACAUUAGAUCUGGUAAAAGAUCAUACAAACAAAAAAACAUGCGUUCUCUUUUUAAUCAUCUUUGAAAAGCAAGAGAAUGGCCACAAUAUAAUAUUGCAGUUUAGGCGUGUGUGUAAAGUUUCAGCUUGAGCCAGUGAAGCAUUGCAAUACUGGACUAUUUUGUAUCAAGUCUGCCCAAAUGUGCCAAAUUGGUCAAUUGAUACAUUUUCAAGUACAUAACUACAGAGAACAUACAAAAAUGAUAUGGUAAUACAAAAUGUAAGUUUACACACUCCCAGGAAUGUCAUACAUGAUGGAUCAUUAGCUUAUACACUAACUUUCACACAUCUAGAUGGCCGGGCGGGGUGGGUGUGGAGCCAGAGACGGCAGGGGUUCAAACUGUAGAACCCAGUUCCUACAAUUGAAUAUAAAAAUGGAUUUUAUCAAACAAAACUAUGCUACAUUUUAUCUCUGGGACCCUUAGGAUGACAAAUCAGAACAAGAUUACUGAAUGUACACUACCGUUCAAAAGUUUGGGGUCACUUAGAAAUGUCCUUGUUUUCGAAAGAAAAGCAAUUUUUUUGUCCAUUAAAAUAACAUAAAAUUGAUCAGAAAUACAGUGUAGACAUUGUUAAUGUUGUAAAUGGCUAUUGUAGCUGGAAACAGCAGAUUUUUUAUGGAAUAUCUACAUAGGCAUACAGAGGCCCAUUAUCAGAAACCAUCAGUCCUAUGUUCCAAUGGCACGUUGUGUUUGCUAAUCCAAGUUUAUCAUUUUAAAAGGCUAAUUGAUCAUUAGAAAACCCUUGCAAUUAUGUUAGCACAGCUGAAAACUGUUGUGCUGAUUAAAGAAGCAAUAAAACUGGCCUUCUUGAGACUCGUUAAGUAUCUGGAGCAUCAGCAAUUGUGGGUUCGAUUACAGGCUCAAAAUGGCCAGAAACAAAUAACUUUCUUCUGAAACUCGUCAGUCUAUUCUUGUGCCCAUAUAAGACAUGUCUAUGUCCUGGAAAGUUUGCUGUUACUUACAACAGUCAUGCUAAUCACAUUAGCGCAUGUUAGCUCAACCGUCCCGUUUACGGGACACCAAUCCCAUAGAGCAGGGUUCUUCAAUUCUGGUCCUGGAGGGCCGAAACACUUCUGUUUUUUUAUUUCUACCUGGUAGUUAAUUGCACUCACCUGGUGUCCCAGGCUGAAUUAGCCCCUGAUUAGAAGGAGAGGAUGAAAAACAGAGGUGUUUCGGCCCUCCAGGACCGGAAUUGAAGAACCCUGCCAUAAAGGUUAAAGUACUACUUAAGUAGUUUUUUGGUACUUUACUUCAGGGUCACAACGUUCACUGGGGGACAGGGGGACAUGUCCCCCCACAUUCAGAAAUUGCAUUUUUGUCCCCCCCAGUUUUAUCAUUGGAAUGUGAUACAAAAGUAGGCAAUGCUGUGCUUUAGGACCAUGCGGACACCUCCGAGCGGUCAGGUAGGCUGUUUGGAGUGUUUAUAUAAAAAAUAAGUUGCACCCCUGCUUUACUUAGCCUACUACUAUUCAUAUUUUACAUUUUAGCAGACGCUCUUAUCCAGAGCGACUUACAGUUAGUGCAUACAUUAUUAUUUUUGAUUUUUUUCAUGGGAAUCAAACCCACAACCCUGGCGUUGCAAACGCCAUGCUCUACCAACUGAGCUACAUCCCUGCCGGCCAUUCCCUCCCCUACCCUGGACGACGCUGGGCCAAUUGUGCGCCGCCCCAUGGGUCUCCCGGUCGCGGCCAGCUACGACAGAGCCUGGAUUCGAACCAGGAUCUCUAGUGGCACAGCUAGCUAUGUUUGACUACUUUUACUCUCCAAAAGGAAAUAAUGUACUUUUUACUCCAUACAUUUUCCCUGACACCCAAAAGUACUCGUUACAUUUCAAAUGCUUAGCAGGACAGAAAAAUUGUCCAAUUCACACACUUAUCAAGAGAACAGCCCUGGUCAUCCCUACUACCUCUGAUCUUGUCAACGUCUGGAUGGUGGUGAAACGGAAUCAGGCGCAGGACACAGAACUGAGAAAUGAAUGGAUUUACUAAAACAAAAGUAAACCAUAACAAACCCUAAAACAACGGACAAUCACGCACAAACCCAGGAGGGAAAACAGAGGUAAUUAUAGGGAAACAAAUAAGCAUAAUGGGUAACAGGUGUGAAUAAUAAAGACAAGACUAGUGUAACACAGAAACAUCGAUCGGUGGCAGCUAGUACUCCGGUGACGACGAACGCCGAAGCCUGCCCGAGCAAGGAGGAGGGGCAGCCUCGGCUGUAUUUGUGACAGAUCUGGCGGACUCCCUAAACACAAAUGCUUAGUUUGUAAAUUAUGUCUGAGUGUUGGAGUGUGCCCCUGGCUAUCCGCAAAAAAAAAAAAAAAUUAAAUCGUGCCCUCUGGUUUGCAUAAUAUAAGGAAUGUGAAAUGAGUUAUACUUUUACUUUUGAUAGGCCUACUUAAGUAUAUUUUGGCAAUUACAUUUACUUUUGAUACUUAAGUAUAUUUAAAACUAAAUACGUUUAGACUUUUACUCAAGUAGUAUUUUACUGGGUGACUUUCACUAUUACUUGAGGCAUUUUCUAUUAAGGUCUUUACUUUUUUAAGUAUGACAAUUGGGUACUUUUUCCACCACUGACUGUAGGCCUAUAAUAUAUGAUUGAAAGUGAGUAGGCUAUAUAAAAAAAAUAGAAUAAACUGAACAAAAAAGCACAACAUUUGCAAUAAUGCCAACAGCUACCUCUUUACAAGGGAAAUUCUUGUUUUGUUUUGUUCUUAUUAAACAGUGAAGAUAUUUAUUUUAUUUUGUUAAUUAGGUCCAUCCCUCUGAACAGAAAUAACCACACUUGGUUAGAGCUUCCGCUACUAGACAGACACCGUCACAUUUACGCACACACGGUACUCCAAAGUGGGAGAUCAGGAGGGGGUGAGGGGGAAGUCACGGGCAUAAAGCCCCGCUGGUUUCUCUCCAGACCAGUCUAGCCUACCCAAGACGCGCACUGCUGAACGGGAGAGACACACACACACACAACAGCCACAAUGAACAAAAAUAUUACAGUGACGCGCACCAUCAGCAAUGGAACUAUUGGCAGUAGCGCAAAACCCUUCAAUGCCGCAGAAAUGUGUGAUUUCCCCACGUCGCACAGGCACAGUUGUGCGGGGAUGCGUGCGCUUUUGUGGGCCACCUCCAGCGCGCGCUCUCUCGGGAGUUCCUUCGGAUCAGACUGCCACUCAAGUAAGGACAACAUCUUCAGCAAUAUUCUGACGCCUGGCAGCAUUCCACAGUUUACCAUUCCCAGUCUUCACCAUUCCCAAGGGGAUGAUGGAGAGGAGGCAGAGGAAGGUUUUGGGAGCCCUGAAGUGGACACCGGCUUUUUAUCUCUUUCAGCAUCUUCACUCUCUUUAUCAGCUUCAUCCUCGAGCUUUGUGUCUUCAACUGAGAGAAAAGCCCACCGGACCAUCUCAGACCCCUUCAUCCAAAGGCGGUCUCCCCUCCACAGGGAGAGUUCGUACCCCAGCCCCUACCUGGAGCCUGAGCACUGUCCCGACCCAACCACCAGAGCUGCCCUGUCUCUGCCUCACCUUGCCAAGGUCACCACCCCAUACGGCUUUGUCACCCUGAGUCAGAGCCCUCAGAUGGCCAACGAGGAGGCUCUGCUCUUCCAAGCUGGGCUCCGGCGGCUACACAAGGAUGAGGACAGCGUCCACCACAGGACACAGGCCAUUCACAUCAAAACCAAUGCCUCCAGACGGUCGUCUACCGUACAACACCUCUCCAGAGAAUAUAGUAUCUCACAGACUGAAGCAGCACCAAAGGAGGAGAUAGAGCAAACCAUCUCCCCAGUCUCAUCCUCACAGAAACAUGCCACAGGAGUUAAACCUAAAUGUCGGCUGUGGGGAGUUCUACGCAAACACUUCACCACUCAGGAGAUCAAGUGA